AAUCAUAAUAAACGUGCUCCCCUUUCUGUUUCCUUGUGCUCUCUCUCUCUCUCUCUCUCUCUCUCUCUCUAUACAGCAUUUCUCUUUCUCCUCACUAAACCCUCACUCUCCAAUGGCUUCUUCUUCUACAGCACUUUGUUCUCCUCAUCCUCUCUCUUCUCCACGCGCCGCCUCACACGCCUUCCGUCACUCUACUGUUCUCCCAUUCCUCUCCAGCUUCCACUUCAAAAAACGCUCAAAUCUGACUGUCAACCACGAGCCGCCUCCUUCUCCUUGCAAGGUUCUCUGCUCUCGCAAUCCUCGGGGAAAGAAAAAAUCAGCGAAAUCUGAUCCAAUUUAUCAUAAUCGAUUAGUUAAUUUAUUCGUUAAUCGAAUACUCAAAAACGGAAAGAAAUCAUUGGCGUUUUAUAUUAUGUAUAGAGCAUUGAAAAUGAUUCAGAUGAAGACCAAAUCCAAUCCAUUGAUUAUUUUGCGUCAAGCGACACUUAAAGUAACACCUGAUGUAGCUGUAAAAGCAACUCGUGUUGGUGGAUCGACCUAUCAAGUUCCGAUUGAGUUAGGGUCGUUGCAAGCCAGAGCAAUUGCCAUUCGGUGGUUGUUGGAGGCUGCGCGUGAACGUCAUGGCCCAGAUAUGGCUUUCAAAUUAUGUUGUGAGUUGAUGGAAGCAGCGGCAGGGAAUGGAAAUGCAUUUAGAAAAAAGGAAACGACUCACAAAAUGGCAGAAUCGAAUAGAGCUUUUGUGCAUUUUCGUCAGUUCAUGUAGUAUGGAGAGGAGAAGGAAUUAGAAAUUAGUAGUCAAAGUUUUGGGAAGGGUUAUAGUUGAAUGGUUAUAUAAUAUAGAUACAUGGUCUUUUUGAUUGUAGUGUUCUUAUGUUUAUUUUUCUAACAUUAAUUUUAACAAUUUGUUAGCCUUUUGGUGUUGCUUGAAGAUUGAGUGUCUUUUAAUGGAGAAUUUUGAUUUGUUUGUUUGUUGUUCUAGUUUGUAAACUAGCUUUAUGUGAAAUGAUUGGCCUAUAUUUUUUUUA